AUGCAUUCAUCAAAGGGAUAUUUAUGUGCCGAUACUAUUAAACGCAAAAACAAAACUGCUGAUACUCUUUUUAUUUGUUAUUUAUCUUGGAGUAAGUAUACUGUUGCUAUAAUUGGGUUGAUGGAUAUGGAACAAGGACUAGAUUAUGACAAGUUGCUGUUGCGGACAGAUCCAAUUGUAAAAACAAUUGCUGUGGAAAUCGAAUUGUUUCAUGGAGGUGACCAGAUAGAAAUUGCUGUGGUUAAUGCUCCAGAUAUGACUGUUCCAAGUAAUCGAGACUUGAUAGAGCAAAUGGUUUCUGAUUUUGAGUCUAUAGAAUAUUCAAUAGGCCCGAAGGGUACUCAGGUGUGGACACGUGAGUACGUCAAGUACGCAAACCUUACGGAUUCGUAUCUUCAGAAUGAUCAUGCAUCUUGGGUUGUUGGUGUUUAUCAAUGGUCGCAGCUGGCCCAGGACUUUGUUUGGGAAAAUGAACAUGACAUGAACCUGCUACGGAUGAAAUCAUUUCGUUUUCGGCUCGGUGUCAGCGAAUUCAAUAAUCCGUCAGACCUUGUGCGAGUAACACGGUUCCUGAGAGAAGUUGCUCAAAAAUAUCUCGAUCUCAAAAUUUACACCUAUCAGAUUAGUCGAAGUAUUGCAGAUCAACUUGACGUUAUAUUACCAAAUACUGUACAAAAUGAUUCUGUCGCCUUGGUAGUUCUUAUGAUUAUUUCAAUUUUAUUUAUACCAAAUCUAAUCUGCACGUUUUGGAUCACCAUAUCGAUUGUAACCAUGGAUAUCGGAGUAAUUGGCUACCUGGCGCUUUGGAGCGUAAAGCUGGACCCCAUCUCAAUGAUAACCAUAAUCAUGUCGAUUGGAUUCUCAAUUGAGUUUUGUGCCCACAUAACAUAUGGUUUCGUUAGCAAUGAUGGUAACUUGACUCCUAAGGAACGGUGCAUUGAUUCGCUGGAAAAAUUAGCUUGGCCAGUUUUACAUGGUAGCAUGUCAACAAUCUUGGGAGUAACAGUCUUAGCAUUCAUCGACUCUUAUAUGGUUCUCGUUUUCUUCAAAACAAUAUUCUUGGUCCUUGUAAUUGGCGUAUUUCACGCUCUAGUUUUGCUACCAAUUAUUCUUGCCGAGACUGCACCAACCAUGGACCGAAUAAGUCGGUCGAGUAAAAAAGUAAGACCAGCAAACGAAGAGAAUAAACAGAACGUUUAUAAAAUAAACCUUGAGAUCCAUCAUAAUUAG